CCGUGCGUCAGGCGCGUCGUUUCCCGCAUCGACCAGCGUGGUGCGCCCGGCUCCCACCGCUCUUCCGAGCUCCCCUCCCUGUAUUUCUACCCCCGCCCGGCGCUUCCUCUGUUUCCCACCCCUCCUGAGCGCCGCCACUGUUGCAUCUGAAGAGCUACAGGCCACGUCGGCUUCCCCUGCUCUCCGAUCACUCUGGCCUGCCCCGCCCCCGCCUCGCCGCCGGCUGGCGCAUCAACCAACGCGCGGCCACAGGAGGGAGCAGGCACCGUUUCUGUCUCCAGUUUUCUCCUCCGGACGGGCUCUCCCAUAGACAACGGCUAAGUAACUGCGACACCUGUUCCUCGUGCCUACUCUCUCGGCAACGUUUUCGUAAGUUCGUUGAGGUGUCAAAGAAUUGCCUGCCGUGUGACUGUCCGGGAUGGCCAAGAUCAGCUGCUUCUCUGGUCUGCUCGGCGGCAAGAGGAAGACAUCAAAGGUUAGGAGCAAGGUCGCUUACGGCAAGAAGACUAAUGGCAACGACUGUCCGAAAGUGAAGCCGGUGGAGUUCAUGGGCAUGGCGGACACUGUCGACGUCAGCAAAGGCGGUGGUAACGCCCCAGCAUGCGUCACCAAGGUUGUGGUUCAUGCAGCCGCCGAGUUGGCACGCCAUGGCCGUGACGAGAACGACGACAUGGCCUCAAUUAAGAGGGACUCAUAUGACGCCGACCUCGUCGCCGGCGCCGACUCGUCAGGUUACAACAGUGAUGACACCAACAAGAAUGCUAAGAGCGCCGAACCGGACGCUGGUGAGUCCUCCAGCGUUGGCCGCAUGGCGCCGAUCGCUUCACCAAAGCUGAUGCGCUCGUGCUCCAACAUCGAGACGGCGAGGUCUGUCCCGAAAGGGUUCGAUCUGCCGGCGAAGUCACGCUCCUAUGACGACCUAAAGACCUUGCCUUCCGGAAGGUUGACUACCCCCAGCGGCGAGCCGGACGCGAGCCCGACGGCGUCCGUGAAGACGUCAUGCUCCGCUGACCGCGUCAUGCUGAAGAAGCGGUCGUCCAGACAGGUGCUCCCGUCCCGGAGCCGGAAGCUGUGGUGGCGGCUGUUCCUGUGGAGCCACCGCAACCUUCACCGGGCGGGCGCGAGCGCGACCAUGCCAACGUUGCCAUCGGCAGGCACAGACGGUGCGCCCUACCAUGACGACGGUUACACGUCGGACACGCUGGACGCAGUCACCGCGGCCACCGCGGAUGCCAAGAACAAGGAGGUCGCAGUGGACGAGGAGCCGAUCCCGAACCAGUGGGUCGCGUUCUCCGCCGAGGCCUCGUCGCUUGACCGUAUCAGCGCGUGGGUGAACAGCCUCGGGAACGUCUCCUUCCACGCCGUCCACGAGGAUGUCACGGAGCACGACGACGGCGCGGCUCGCCCGCAAUGCUCUGAGAUCGUGGAGUCGUCGACGGCGCGCAAGAACCAAGGCCGAGAGAAGCGGCGCUUGGCGGAGGAGUCCGUCCAGGCCGGCAGCAUCAUACAAACGCUCAACAAGCUGUCGUCCGUGGCGCACAUCUCCAGCAUGGGGCUCAAAGUCGUCCCUAUGAUCGCAGCGUUCUCCAGCCUCCGGGCAGUCAAUCUGUCUGGCAACUUCAUUGUUCACAUCUCCCCUGGAUCGUUGCCCAAAGGCCUGCACUCGCUCGAUCUGUCGAGGAACAAGAUUGCCAGCAUCGAGGGGCUACGGGAACUGACGAGGCUCCGCGUGCUCGACCUCAGCUACAACCGGAUCUCACGGAUCGGACAUGGUCUGUCAAGCUGCACGGCGAUCAGGGAGUUCUACCUCGCCGGGAACAAGAUCAGCGACGUCGAGGGCCUCCACCGCCUGCUGAAGCUCGCCGUCCUGGACCUGAGCUUCAACAAGAUCACCACGGCCAAGUCCCUGGGCCAGCUCGUGGCCAACUACAGCUCCCUGAGGGCGCUCAACCUGCUCGGCAACCCGGUGCAGGCCAACUUCGGCGACGACACGCUCCGAAAGGCCGUGUCGGGUCUCCUCCCGCGGCUAGAGUACCUGAACAAGCAGCCCGUGAAGCCGCAGCGCGCGCGGGAGGUGGCCAAGGACAGCGUCGCCCAGGCGGCGCUGGGGAACAGCGGGUGGGGCUCCCGCAGGCGGGUGUCGCGGCGGGUGAGCCAGAGCCCCGGGUCGUCGGUGAAGAGCCGGGGCAGAGACGGGAGCAGCAGCCGCAGGGGCAGCAGGAGCAGGUCCAAGACCAGGCCCCAGAGCUCGAGCCUUGCAAGGAGGUGAGGCAACUGUGUCAUAUUGACACGGGAAGGUGUUGAACUGGAGGGAAAACAACGCCAUGUGUUUAAACUGCCAUGCUGUGAGAUAAAUAAUGGGCAUUACUGGAUGAAAUUUGAUGGAAAGAAACUUGCAAAGAGGUGCAUUUGAAGCA